GCUGAGACUGUCGGGGGGGACUGACUUAACAAAUAACGCCUUUGAAAACAUCGUUAAAUUGGAAAUCGCUGAAUACGACGUCGUCCUUCUGCUUUCAGCUGCAAUUGUCUUCGUAAACGCAUACAUGUGCGAUCGAGGUCUCUUGCUUAUCCCCCAAACGCCGAUCUCAUCAGAGAACUGGUAAUAACAUUUGAAACCAAAGAAGUUCAGUAUUAUAUUAUUCGCUACAAUUUUUGUGAAAUGGCGGAGAAAGCAUGUGUCAAGCGCCUCCAGAAGGAAUAUAGAGCACUCUGCAAAGAACCAGUUUCUCAUAUUGUGGCCCGUCCUUCGCCAAAUGAUAUUCUCGAGUGGCACUACGUGUUGGAGGGAAGUGAAGGAACACCUUUUGCAGGUGGAUAUUACUAUGGAAAGAUCAAGUUUCCUCCAGAAUAUCCAUAUAAACCACCAGGAAUCAGUAUGACUACUCCCAAUGGAAGAUUCAUGACUCAGAAGAAAAUUUGUUUGUCUAUGAGUGAUUUCCAUCCUGAAAGUUGGAAUCCAAUGUGGUCUGUGUCAAGCAUACUUACGGGGCUUCUUUCAUUUAUGAUGGACAACAGUCCCACUACCGGCAGUGUGAACACUACUACUGCUGAGAAGCAACGUUUGGCAAAGGCUUCUCUUGCGUUUAACUCUAAAAAUCCAACAUUCCGGAAAAUGUUUCCCGAGUAUGUGGAGAAGCAUAACCAGCAGCAGCUUAUUACAGAGCGGGUGUCAUCUGAGUCAUCUCAAGAAAAUUCCAGGCCUUUGUUGGAAAAGGUUGAUGACUCAACAGGAGGUAUGAAAAGACUAGAUGCCUUGAAGGAGGCGAGGAAAAACAAAAAGCAGUCAUUCCCAACCUGGAUGAUGUUGUUGCUAAUUUCCGUCUUUGGUGUUGUAAUGGCGCUGCCUCUACUUCAACUUUAGUAUCUUACAGCCCUAGUAGAAAAUUUAUUGGGGUCCCGUGGACAUAAAACGUUUUGCAAGUCGAGUGGACUUGUUCCAAAUACUCCUUUAGGUUUAUCUUGUAUCUAAUAUAAUUUUGUAUAGGAGGUUGAUACUAAGGUCAGUUGAAUCGCUUGGCUGAUGUUUUUCCUUCUAUGUCAAUGUUUGGUCGUUGUUUGUCAAUGUUCAAACAUGACAUGCUUGUGAUGUUAUUUCAACUUUAGUGGAGUUUCUGUUUCAACUUUGGCUU